AAUAGACCCAAACAAAGCCUCUGGACUGAAUGCAGACCUAUGUCUUCUACAAGCAAGUUUCAUGGCGUGUCGUCUUCUCAAGGUGCAUUGUGCACACGACUACGGCAGAUAGCACUAGUUGCGGAAGACUUGGAAAGAGCAAAGCAUUUUCUAACAUUCGUUUUCGGGACAGAGGUCGUCUUCAUCGAUCCAAGAGUUGCUGAAUGGGGCCUCAGGAACUUCAUAGUGGCUAUAGGUGGAGAUGUUAUUGAAGUUGUCUCGCCUAUUAGGCAGAAUACGGCUGCAGGGCGCCUCCUAUCAAAACGUGGAGAUGGUGGUUAUAUGAUCAUUAUGCAGACUGAGGAUGCUGUUGCACGACGAUCAUUCAUUGAGUCCAACAACUUGGGAAAAGUGAUAUAUAGUCAUCUAGAUGAUGACGCUGUUUGCGUCCAGUACCACCCGAAGGGUAUCAAAGGCGGGGUUAUUCCCGAGCUCGACUCUCACCAACGCUCACCUAGCAACCCGGAGCCCCUGACAUCAACGUUCUCGCCCUGGCACCCACUUGGCCCCGAUUACGGCUCCUACUCAGCAGGCAUGAAGCGUUGCUCACACCUCCGCCUUGUCGAAGUAGUCUGCCGGCUACUACCUGGAGAUACCGACACGGAAGCAGCAGCAGCCCAAUGGGAGGAUAUGUUUGGCGUUCCAAGAGUCCAAAGCAAACUAGUGUUUACCAAUGGGCAUGUCACGUUCACCCCGGGCGAGAAGGGAAAGCCGGAAGGAAUUGUGUCCGUCACGAUUGCUGUUGAAGGCAACAAGAAUUUCAAUGAUAUCUUAAACAGGGCGAAAAACAAAGGACUGUAUAGAGAUGGUUCGAUAGAUAUGGUUGGUGUGAAGUGGUAUCUCGUACGUGAUGGUGGAGAUAGUCGAUUGUAGAAAAUGGUAAAACUAAAUGUCACUAUCGUUUUAAUCGAGCUUACGCUGAUUUCACAACUAUGUACAUAACUAAAUUGUGAACUGGCUGAUUUCACAACUAUGUACAUAACUAAAUUGUGAACUGGCUGAUUUCACAACUAUGUACAU